AACUUACAUGCGUAAUGCAUUAUGCGUCAGCAUUUGUCCAUGAAAAGUCGUUUGUAUUAUUAGUUCUACUAAUGCUGCCAACGAAGCAAGUUUGUUGCAAAUUUGAGUACGUACGUUUUCAAUAAAAGAUAUUUCUUUAUUAGAUUAAAUAAAAUGUAAAAUAAAAUAAAUUCUUAAUUUAUCGAACAGAAAUAAUAAGAAAAAAACGUAAAUUUAAAAUAUUGCAAGCUCUGGUUUUAAACAUCAUUUAUAACUUUUAUUGUUCAGAAUCAAGUUAAAAGUUAGAUUGUCAAAAAAUUGCAUUUGAUUAAUUAUUUCUGCAAAAUACUUCUACCAAAGGAGAAAAAGAAACAAUACACUUCGACAAAAUAAUUGUUUCCAACAAAGUAAGAAACAAAACAAAAAUCGACAGCCGACACACCAGAUUCAAUAUUUUAAGAUUAACUGUUCACAAAAUGAGAGUAUCAAUUCUGAUCCUUUGUCUAACCGUGGUGUACGGAUCCUGCCGAACAAUUGGCGAAGAAAAAAUUGAUUUCAUAAAAAAGACAAAUAAUGAAGAUUAUAAACUGGACUAUGCAAAUGUACCUUUCGAAAAAUCUCUUUCAAGGCAGAGAAGAGAUAGUCUAUCGCAGAUAGUUUCAUCGAUGAAGUACAAUGUUAGAAAUGAAAUUCCAGAUUUAAUAUUCUUUGUAUACGGUAUAAUGACUGGGCAAAAAGAUUUGUGCCCCAAAAACAUAUCUAGCGAAGACUUAAUCGAAUCGCUUAUGAAUAUUACUACAGAACCGAUCAAAACGUUCAAAGCCAUUGUGUGCUACAUACAAGUAAUUGGAAACCAAAAUUCAAAUGCAUUACUACAAGAAGCAAUUAAUUUCUUUAAGAAAUUCUUGCCGAAAUUGAAUGAAAUAGCGGAAAGUAGUUCUUUUCCUUCCAGCUUGGAGCCUAUAAUCUAUAUACUUAAUAUAAUUAAUUUAAUAUUACAAAUGUACGGAUAUGGUUCAUAAAUUUAAAUUUCUAUUCUUAAAAGCAAAUUAAAAUUACGAAUUUAUAAUGCAUUUCAAAUAAAUCUAUCUAUAUAAAUCUUUAUCUUGAUUAUCUUAUGGCUUGUUAGUUUAAAACAAGAUUAAUAAUAAUAAUAAUAAAUGUUUGUUACAACGUCAUCUUGAAUGAAUGUACGUAUAGGAAAAAGUUAUUCAACAAGAUAAAGCGUUAAAAAUUCUUAGAUGAAAUUAAUGUAACACAAAAUGUGACAAAUUAUUAUCUAUAAAUAAUUUAAAUAAUAUAUUUAUGCAAUUCUUAUUUUGUUUUUGAUUUUAUUUAUUGUAUUCGAUUAUAAUUGAUAUUAUUGAUAUUAUAUAUUUACAUUAUUGUUAUUAUUAUUGAUAUUAUGCUAGAUUAUAUCCUUUCGAUAAACCUUAUAUGCUAAAAAAAAUGAUGAAUAAAAUAUGAAUUCAAAAUGAAAGAA